AGAGAGAGAGAGAGAGAGAGAGAGAAAAGCUGCAAGCAGGCAAUAAAGACAGCCAGACUGGGAGCGAAAGAGCUGUUGGAAGCAGCGUGGAGAGAGAGAGGGAGAGUGGAUGUGCAGUCGGAGAAAGCCCAAAGGGAGUAGCAAAGUGCUAGUGGGAGACCACAGAGCGGGAAGCGAUAAAGCCACACAAUGGAGCUGCAGACGGAGUGUGCGGAUCCCACUGCGGCCCCUCCGCGUGACCCCCAGCCCACUGGGAAGAUCAACAAAGCCGCCUUCAAGCUCUUCGGAAAGCGACGCACUGGCUCCGGAAUGGCCAGCUUCUUCUCCUUCAAGAACAAAGGGGCCACGCUGAGCGGGACCAAUGGACAUUCUGACACCGGGAAUUCUGUGAAUGGGAAUGGUUCGAUGUUAUCCGUCGAGCUGGUGAGAAGCAAAACACACGAUGGGCUCAGCGGGUCCAACCACGAUGCUGAUGGACAGAGAGGGGAGGGGCCGUCCGCUCUGGAGACAGGAACCGGGAGGUCUCUCAGCAAAUCGCUAAGUUUCUUCUCUCUGCUGCGACGCGGGAGUCUCAGGUCAAGUGAAAACAGUGCCGGACUUGUGCGCAGAGGGAGGGGCUUGAAGGGCUUUUUCAGUAGCAUCCGAUGGCGACGCAAGGACAAAACAAACGAAGGAGACGCGGAAGAGUCGGAAGCUCAGAAAGAGAAGGAUGCGAGUGCCGCAGACACCGAAACGGCAAAGGAUGUCACGCUCGUCCUUGAACCAACACGACAUUAUCGCCAGGAGGAUGGUGAGAAGACAGAAGAAGAACGUAAUCUCCAAGCGGCUGAGGCUCGCACGCCCGGCGUUUCCUUGACACCCGCACACUGUGCGGCCGUGCCCGGCCCAUCUGCUGAGCCAGAUUCCUCCUCUCCAUACACACCCAACGACUCCCCUUUGCACUCUGCCCCCAGCAAAGCCAAAGCCUCGGUCUCCAGCCUCACCCCCUCACUCGCCACAUCCCAUUUGGAGUGUUGCAGCGCCGGCGACCCGCCCUCGGAACCCUCGGUGGACCGCCUGUGUUCUCUUCUCUUCAAUGACGUCACGUCCCUCAAGAGCUUUGAUUCCCUCACCGGCUGCGGGGAUAUCAUUGCCGAUGCAGAUGAGGAGACGGCAGGCAAUGGGGGCAGCGGUACCAGUAGCAGCAGCAGUGGCGGCGGCGGCGGCGGGGUAGUGGCGAGCGUCGGGGGAUCAGGUGUCGGGAGGCCGCUUGGAGUCACCUGCUCCACGACUCGUGGCUCCCCGUCAAAAGUUCCUCUUUCUUGCGCGCUGACACAACCCCUGUUCACGGCAUCUUCUGGGCCGGCUUCGCUUCCCGCUCGCACCCGGGUGCCCCCCAGCCCUCAAAUGCCGCCGGUGGGCAGUGGGGUGGUAGCCUACAUGGGCGGCGGGGAGGAAAUGGCGAGUCCGGAGGGUGUGGACGAUGCUGACAUGCAGGGGCUUUGGCACAUGCUCCCUUCAACCGGGGACAACUCCCCUGCUUUGCCCCGAUCGCACCAACCCUCCUGCACCACGCCCACCUCCACCUACCCACUUCGCACCCUCAACUCCACCUCCUGCCACCAACCCUCAGCCAACGGAUGUGCGGAUCGUAAGACGCUACAGGUGAAAUCUUUGGGGCUCAGUAAGAUUCCAGUAGUGGGUGGAGCAGGAAGUCGAGCGGCCAAACCCCUCCUACCACACGGUCGUCAGCCGGCAUCGCCUGGAGACAAAGAGCCGCUCAGCGACGAAGGAUACUGGGAAACCCCCUCCGCAACGCCCACAGCAACACCUGAGGAAAGUGGGCAGCGGCACAAGCACAAUAUGUCACGUGACAGUUGCUCCGGGGACCGCCUGUAUGAUCUCUACAAUGAGCCAGAUGGACCGGAGGGCGAUGAGGACCAAAACAGUUCUUCCUCCUUGUCAACCGAAUACAAACUCAGCCCUCCUUCCUCCUCCUCAUCUUCUUCCUUCCGGUCGCUGAAAGGCAGCGCCAGCCUUCCCCGGGAAUCCAAGAUCCCGGUCAGCGCCAGACUAACGACGCCGACGCAGUCUGUGAGCCAAUCAGCACUCUCAUCUGUCCUGGAGGCGGAAUCAUUGCCACCGAAGAUCCAAGGACCUCCUCCGGCUCGCACCAGAAUUCCCGUCUCCAAGGUCCCGGUGCGUCGCUCUGGAAACAAACCGGGCCCCAAAAGCGGAGUCGCGAAGAAGUAGCUCUUCUUUUUUCCCAUGCCUCAAUGGACUUGAGAGGCUGAGCCCUCUGUGCUGUUUUUACAGAGCCAAAGGCUUUCCUUCGCCAAGAAAAAUGUGGCGCUGUGCAGUGAACAGCCCAUGAAUUCCUUUUGAAUCUUAAGAGCGCUCCUUCUCAAACGGCUACAAUCGAAUGACGCUGGCUUGUUCGCCUGAGAAAAGCCACUGGGAGACUCCAACAAACCCGGAUUGUCUUCUAGCGCUCACUGAAACUUCGAAGUUGACCCUUGACAAUCCACGAGCUCGGAAAAGUUCACUUUUCAACUACCUGCAAAAAAGGCCUAACUGUGAGUUGGAGGAUUUCAAAGCUUCAUCUCCAGAGUACAUACUGCAAAAAUAAGCUACUUUUUUAUCCAAUCUUCUAUGAAGUAACACAUUGAAAUCAAUUUUCUCUCUUGACGAUCGCUCAUCUCAACCAUAUCUAAACGACCUUUAAAUUGUCCCACUUUAGAGCCAAAGUAUCACUCCUCCAAUAGUUUGAAACAGACUGAAAUGUUUUUUGGGGUUUUUUUCACCAUGGAUUUGCACCCUGAAUAAACAUUUGCAUGUGCAACAACAAAAAGAUAGCACAGAGAUUUGAAGGCUUUUUAUGUCAUCUCUAUUUUACAAGCCAUACAUGGGGCACAAAAGGUCACACUUUGGCACUUUGCAUGCAACGACUUCAGCUUUGGAGGACUCCAGCUUGACUUCUGCAUUACAACUUUCCUGAGAACUGAUGGCAUCGUGGGAAGUUCAGACACACAAAUCUUUUUUGCAAAAAGGGUUACUGUGUCUUUUUUUUGGGGGGGGGUCACAAUAUUCAAUCGGAUAUGGAAAUCAUAAUGCAUUAAAACUGGUAUUAUACUUUACUCGCUCUGCAUUCAGGGCUGAAUAGCACAAAUGUCAGGGAACACACGCGCGCACACACACACUCACACGCACACACAAAUACACACACGGCAAAAUUUGUAAUAGCAGCUCCAAUGGAUGGCUUUCCUUUUCUAAGAAUACGUGCAAAAAGAACAUAUCUCUACGUCGUGCUUUUCUUUCAAACGACUUUUUUAUCUGCUUCCUCCCACUGCACUGAUUCAAACUAUGGCUGCUCCAGUUUUCUAAUCUGUUCUUUGCAGUUUAAGAAACGCGCAGAGACUCCUUUGAAUGGUUUAAAGAGGAGAAUGAUUUCUUCCAGACUAUGCCUGCCUCCCACUCCCGAAAAUGCAACCGUGAAAUUCCAUCAGGAUUUCCAAUGAAGAUUGAUGUGACCAUUUCGCUGAUUGAAAAGCGGUGGUGUCGUGCUGAAAAAAAGUAAACAUGGUGGAAAUGAGGGGCUCGCGAUUUCAGCUGUGUAUGAAAAGUGAAUGUAGCUUGACAUCUUUGUAGAUCAAGGAUUAGUCUCUAUUUUUGUGUGUGUCUGCAGGAUUUUACAGGAGCAAAGCAGAUGACUGUACAGUUUUUAAACCCAGCCUGUAACGCCUGCCAAUCAGCAAUCUUGUUCCAAACAUGAAGAGCCCCAAAAUGUAUUUUAAUGGUGACACAGAUCAGGUAUUUUCUCAGCCCUCCGUCAAACAGAGGGGACUUUUUAUAUGCAAAGCCAUUUUGGACUGUGCGCAGUUUCUCUGCUCCAAACCACAAAGUGGUCUUUCCCGGUCAUGAUAACCCUUCCGUCACACUUGCGAUUAUUGAUCCACGACGCGCGCAUGUGUGUGUGUGUGAGAGACUUGUUGGGAAAGGGUGGUGACAGUUUGGAUAAUGCCAGUUGCCUGGUAGUUUUUUUGUGUUUUUUUUUAAUAUUUAAAUUUACGUUAAGCUCCAUUAUUUAUGCUCAAAGGAGGCAAAAUAUUGAAUUUCCCUCCAUAAAGGCCACAGCAACUGUUUCUUCAAAAUGAGCAAUUACUAUUCAGUCUGUACGUUAAGCGAUUUUGUUGUGUUCUAAUGUUAUGCUUCUCAGACCGUUUGCACCAUAAUCCGUAUGAAAUAUGUGAAAACAAGUCAAUUCCACGGCAUUAUCUGCCUUUCUGUCCUCUUUUGUUACUAUUGUGCGAUCAUCUGCUGCAAUGAAAAGGACUAUUAGUUUCUGCUUUAUUCUGUUGGACCAUCCGUCAGGCAGCGGCCUGAAACCUUUCCGUGUUCUAUAUUUAACAAAUAAAUGUGUUUGUCGGAA